UCCAGAACCCCCGCCCGCGGCAGAAAACCCCAAUCCCCAUGGCCGUCGGCCGCUCGCCAGCGGUCUCUGGCCGGCGCCGGAGCCGCCAGAGAGGCCCGCCGACGCCCUCCUCGCGGCCCCCUGCCCAGAAGCUGCCCCCGCUGCCUCCCGGCACCGAGAUCGAGGCCCGCGUCGACGAGGAGGGCUUCUACGGCUCCUGGUUCGAGGCCACCGUCGUCGAUUUCGAGCCCGCCUGCGGCCCCCGCUACCCGGCGCUGUACACCGUCGCCUACUCUCACCUCGUCUCCCAAGACGGCGGCCCUGAGCCCGUCGCUGCCUCCCACGUCCGCCCGCGGCCGCCUCCCUCGGCUCCGGGAUCGUCGUCGUCCCUGCCGGCGCCGACGCCGGCGCCCGAAUUCCGCCUCCACGACAUCGUCGAGGCCUUCGAUGGCGCCGGCUGGUGGUCCGGCAUCGUCGUCGCCCCCGUCCCAGACCUCGCGGACCCCGGCUCCACCGUCACCGUCGCGUUCCCCAUCACCCGCGAGGUCAUGCCGUUCGCCCCUCACCUCGUCCGCCGCCGCCGCGACUACGUCGGCGGCGAGUGGGUCCCGUCGCUGUCCGUCGUCGAAGUCCAGCCGAAGCGCGGUGCCAGGGUUUACAAGGCCGGGGAGAAGGUCGAGGUGCUGAGGGAGCGGGAGGCCUACGGCGAGUCCUGGUUCCCUGCGACGGUUGCCAAGGCUGUCGACAGGCUCAGCUACAUCGUGGAGUACUGCCUGGAUGAGCAGGAGGGCGGAGGGAAGGCAACAGAGUACCUGCAUUUUCUGUACAUCAGGCCGGCUGAGUAUCAUCGUCUGAGGGAGAGCAAAGUCCAGCUUGGGCCUGGCACUGCCGUGGAGGUGCACUGUGAUGGGGCAUGGUCGCCGGGAGUGGUGCGCAGGGUUGUCAGGGAGGGUUGUGAGUAUGAGGUCAGUGUCAAUGGCGAGGUGGUGGAGCAGCUGCUGACUAAGGCAGCGGAUCAGCUGAGGCCGCUGUGCAUAUGGAACGCCAAGCAUUGGACGAUACCAACUGUUGAUAAGGGACAGCAUAACUUGAGGCAGCAGUAUGCAUCCCGGAAACGUACAAUCUCACGAGCUGAUGCCGGAUCUAGUGAUGAUGAAGGCUUACAACGUGCUUCAGUCUCUGGGACUGACGCUUCUCUAUCUGCAUCGUGCAAGUCUCUGGCAAGCAAUCAUUGUCUGAAUUCAUGUUCUCUGCUAUCUGAAAAGAAUGGUCUUUCUGUGUUUCCACACAGGACAUUGAAUACCUGUUCAGUGUCAAAGAAUGGGCUUCUUUGUAGUUCCUCAGGACAUUCAGCACCUCCAGAUGAAUUGAUGCCAAAUGCUAUUGGCGAAACAGAAUUUAGUCAAGAUGUUGAGAUGGUGCUUUCUGAUGAUCAGCAUAAGACACUUGUCUGUGGAAGAAAUGCUGAUGAGACCCGUGAUAUGCUGUCGGCUCCAGAAGUAAGGAAACAGAACAUUGCUUCAUCUCUCAUAAACCAGCAGAUACAGGAAAGACCAUUAUUUGUCAAGACACUCAGUGUGAAGAAAGGCAUUACCAAGAACAGAGGGGGAACACACUCUAAAUCACAUCAGGGAAAAAAUGACGCCCCUGAGAAUGUGCAAAUUCAGUUGAAGGGAAACAGGAAUUUCUCUAGCAAGCAAUUUCUAUUUGCUUUGAGUGCCUUUCGAGAAUGUCAGACAACUUCAGCUCAGACUCUACAGGUCACGGGAGGGACAAGUAGCGGUUCAGAUGCUGAAGGUGUCAACUUUAACCAAUUGGCUAGAAGCGAAGGUACUGGUCUGUUGGACAAAGAGCUUGCUGCUACAAUCAACAGGAUCUGUGAAGGGGACAGAAAUCCAGAUGUGUGCACAGACACUGCUGAUACCCAAGUGACAAAAAGCAACUAUCUUACCGAUAAACCUCUCCAGUCUCAUGAUCGGCUAGUUCCACAGGAUGGGAACCAAGUGGACGAGGGAUCAAUCCUACAAAGUUUGCAGAAUGAUGGGAGCUCAGUGUUUACCUCUGACAUCUUAUUGAGUAGCUUUCCCCCCUCUGGCAACUCAAUGCCUUCAGACUUGGCUUUCUCUCAAAUCUCUGGUCACCAGGUUCCGUUUGUCAAGAGAUCACCUGCAUGGUGUCAAGUGGAUGCGAUGGAUGUGUUUAAGGAGGUACCACAGCAACCACAUUUCCAUCCACUUAGUCAAUUAUUGCCCGCAUUGCGUGAAGGGAUAGCUUUAGGCCUGAUGUUUACGUUUGCCAGCUCAGUGGAAGAUAUAAGAAAAUCAAGCAUAGCAGAUAGCGCUGCCUCCCUUCAAGAGAAGAUUGCCACGCUUGGCCAUCUGGACGAAAAUGGAUUCAGUGUUCAGUUUAUGCGGUGUAGAUUGAUUAAGUUGCUCCAAAUCAAGUCUGAUCAUAGCAAUUACAUUGCAGAAAAAGAACAGCUGAAGGCACAGUUGCUGGAGAAGACAACUUCCUUGUCCCAAAUUGAUGAGCGACUUGAGAAAAAGGAACGAACUAUAGCUGAGCUUGAGGAGGAGCUUGGGCGUGCUCGCAGGGAAGCGCAGAAGAUUAUGGAGGAGAAAGAACGUGAAGACGAAGAGCUCUUAAGGCUGAAAGCAGCUGACCGCAGCAUUGGGGAAGCAUGUGGUGUUGCUGAACUGCAGUUUCAGAGUGUCUUGGCUGAGCUACGUCACAUGAGGCUAACUUAAUGUGUGACCAUUGAAAUGGUUUUCACGUGUUUAUCCUGACAAAGUUUCCUGUCAACUAAGGAUGGUGUUGGUGUUGAAUAGCAUGCCUAUAAGGAAACUGGAUAUUAUAGGGACACUCGGCAAAAAGUAUGUAGAACAUAUGUAUCAGACCUCCUACAUCAUAAUAUUCGUUGGGCACAUUGCAUGAACUUCAUAAGGUGAUGCGAUUGCUCCAAUGGUUAAGACUUCCUUUUGUGUUAGCCUACACUUGUAAGCUGGGUUGUCUGCUUGAGACAAAUCUUGUCUUUAUCCACAGCCACAUCUUUUCGAAUUCUGAGCUUUAGCGCUCUCUACAUACCAGGAUUGACUGACAUGAAUUAGAAUCGAGGGGCAUCAUUGUUUUGUUCAUGUAUGACAGUAUAAGUGAGUAAUGUGAUUCUUGUGACUUA